CACAUACAUAUAUGUCCUUUCUUCAGAUAUAGUCUUGCAGCUCUCUCUCUAUAUCUAUAUAUAUAUCUAACUAACUCAUGAAAAGAGUACUCAUUCCUCUGAUCAUCAUGUCCACCAUAUAUUCUCUCCUCAUGCUCUUCUUGUGCCUUCCCAUGCAUGCAUGCAGUGCUCAGAGUCUUGAGGUCCUUGACAAAAGGGGUUUUGGGAGAAAAGUUCUUUUCCAAGGCAAGGUGGCAGAGAAGUUUAAGCUCAACAUGGAUUCAACUAAAAAAGGAGCACAAAAUGAGGAUAUGAUCAGUAUUGGCAUGGGCCAUGAUAGUGCAAUAAGGCCAAAGGAAUUAAAGGUUCUUCACAAGGACAUGAAAUACACCAAAGAAGUGACUUCAGAGAUGGAACAUGCAGGGAGUGAGAUUGUCAAGUCUUCUCCUGAUCACGUGACAUUGCUCAAGGAAACAAAAAUGAAGGGUACCUCAAGAUGGGAAGCAAGAUCAGUACUAGAAUUUGGGGUUCAUGAGAAAGAUGAUGAAGCUAUAUACACCACCAAUAAGAGUGCUCAUGAAGACCUAGUGGGGACUGACUAUGAGCCACCACAAAGAAAACCACCUAUUCACAACAAAAAGACUUAGUUUUUGAUUGUUGUAAACCCUAGAUCGAUUAGUCAAAGAUGAUGAGUCUCAAAUUUGCUGAGUUGUUUCUGCUUAUCUAGAAUCAGUUAGGUCGUUUGCUUUUCACAUAUAUAGUUGACACGUACUGAUGAACAGUUGUUGUUCACAUGGAGUUUGACAUUUUGCUUUUGAAGCACAUGCCAUAUAUAAAUCUUUCACAGUAUAGUAGAAAACUUCAAUCUACAGUCCUCUUGUUUUGUGCACAUGGAGUUUUGUUCACAUAAAUUGUUAGCAAACAUAACACUGUGU